GUCAGCCCAACCUCAACCAGCGACGUUCUCAGUAACAAAAAACUCUACCCGAACUUCAUGAGGGUAGUUCCAGCCGACAGAUACCAAGUGGAAGCCAUCACCGUUAUUCUGGAAUUCUUCAAAUGGUCCUACGUGUCUAUAGUAUUCACAGACAGCAGCUACGGGCGCGACGGAGUAAAACGUCUCAGAUCUGUGCUCGGCCAGAAGGGUAUUUGCAUUUCAAAGACCCUGGAAAUCGGAUAUGAGUGCACCCCUGAAAACAUGCGCAAGACUCUGGCCAAACUUCAGGGUCAUAAAUCUCCAAAGGUCGUUGUCCUCUACAUAGAAAUAGUCGACGUUGAAUUGAUUUUGCGAAUGGUGAAAAGCAUGGGGAUUGAACGCGAUUUCAUGUGGGUUGCUAGUGAUUCCUUUAGUCUUGGUCUGCCCUACGACCUGCGCCACAUGGUGGUCGGUUCAUUGACUGUCAGACCGUAUUCAAAACUGGUUGGUGAGUUUGAAGAACGUAUGAAACUUCGCUUCCCGUCAUCGAAGAAAACUAACGCGUUUGGAAUGCCUUCGACGACCACAACGUCAAAGAACGUAUCGAUGGAUGACGAGUUUAAUAUGUACGUACCGGCCGGUUUUUAUAUCGAUGCUGUCAAUGCCUUGGCCACCGGCGCCGACCUGUUGAUUAAAGAACGAUGUCCACGCUCGACAAGCAGCGAAGAACUGCGCAAAUGUGUCAACCCCGUAGAGCUGUGCAAGAGAAUGAGGAAUCUCACUUUUAACGGGUCGUACGGCGAGAUCUCGUUCGAUCAGAACGGCGACGUGGUAGGUAUGUAUGAGAUUAUUCAAUACCAGUAUGACGACAACGACCAGGUUAACUACGUGCCGGUCGGUUCCUGGGACAUGCGCACAAAUCGCCUGAGGAUCGACGAAGACCAACUCCGUUGGCCGCCGACAACAGCGACGUCGGAUGGAAACUUCUCUCGGACGCCCCCAGUUUUGAAAUGCGGCGAUCGCUGUCCAGCCGGUUCCAUAUAUUACUUUCCAAAAGAGACCUGUUGUUGGGAAUGCCGCAAAUGUAAAAAUAACGAAAUCACAGACGAAAACUUGUCCAUUUGUAAAAUCUGCCCCGAGUUUUAUUGGCCUGUAGACGAGCAGCAGAAGGCCUGUGAGAAAAUACCGCCUCACUUCAUUCAAAUCAGCGACAAGACGGCCAUUAUCGUCUGCUCGGUG